UAGUUGUUGCAUUCCUUGUUUUAUGGUAACAGUUUGUUUAGCUCUUCAGUAGACACUGAUGCCUAAUGUCUAUUAUGAGAAAUAAAUAAUUAAUUUUCAUUUUGUAUUUUAUUUAGCAACACAUUACUUUGUCAGCUGGAAGACUCCCCAUACAUGUAACCAGUCAUGACAGAUACUCACGUGUCUUCAAAAAGCAUGGAUCCAGUGGGAGUGGAUUCAAUAGAGACUGCAGCUCUAGGGAGACCCUUCCAGCUGGGGAUGCUGUAUGACUGCAGGAGAGAUGUUCUAGUACCAGGAAUCAGACAUUGGAGUAAAGAGCUGCAGCAGAACAUAAGCACUAAACCCCAAAUCAAUACAGAUUUCACAGUCACAGCUUCAGAUUCGAUUGAGGAAAAAUCUAGAUUGCUGAAUAUUGAUGGUUGUCUGAAACUGAGUCUUUUAGGUGGACUCAUCAAUGUAAGUGGAGCUGCAAAUUAUCUCAAAGACACCAAGAAAUCAUUCAAUCAACAGAGACUCACAUUACAUUAUCAUUCAACCACUGAGUUUAAAGAACUUAUUAUAAACCACAUUGCUUCUGGAGACAUGGCUCACUAUGAGAAUGAUGUAGCCACACAUGUAGUGACAGCAGUGCUGUACGGAGCAGAUGCCUGCUUUGUUUUUGACAGAGAAGUUUCAUCUGAUGAAGACAAAGUGGAGAUAGCAGGAGAUGUAAAAGCUGUUUUGGAGAAGCUAAAAGGGAUUUCAGAUGGAAACAUUGAAGCAAGUAUGAAAAUGAAUGACAAUCAGAAGACUGCGGCCCAAAAAUUCAGUUGUAAAUUUUAUGGUGACUUCCAGCUAGCAUGUAACCCGACCUCUUUUGAAGAUGCUAUGAAGGUUUUUGAAGAUCUUCCGAAACUGCUGGGAGAAAAGAAAGAGCUUGCGGUUCCUCUGAGAGUUUGGCUUUAUCCUUUGGACAAACUUUUCUCAAGAGUUGUAAAGUUUCAGCAUGAAAUCAGCACAGGUUUAAGCACAGACAUUGAAUCUGUUAUUGAGAGUUUAAGUACAACUGAGAUGAAAUGCAGUGAUCUUCUGACAGACACGCCUGCUUCGACAUUUACUGCAUUUCGUGACAAAAUCAAUGACAUGAAGAAAAACUGCUACCAGUGCAGAUCGAGUCUCGUGAAGAAACUCGGCUCUCUCUUACCAAAGAUCCGUGGAAAAUUCAUAGAGGAUACAGAAUUGAUCGAUCUUCUUCAUGAUCAUGUGGAAUCUCCAUUUGAAAGAAGCGCUCUUGAACAAUGGCUGAAAGAGAAAGAGGAAGAAUCUGACAUCAUUAAAAUAUUGCUCACACAACUGAAUGACUCAGGAGCAAUGGUAGAAAUCAACCUCAAUAAAAAUUUAAUGAAUCUGGAAGUUAAACAUUUGGUCAGCUACACUUUCACAUCAUUGAGCUGGACAGAUGAGCUGCUUUCUAAACAAAAGGCCUCCCUGAGUCCUUCAACAAAAGGAAAAAGUGAAGAGAAAAGCUCUGAAUCUGAACACAAGACUUGGCUCGCACCUGACAUCCAAAAGACAAUGAGGAACAACUUGAGGGUUUUUAAAAACUUGAUUGAUUUAAAUGAUUGCACAUCAGUCAAGUUUAUUGUUGCAUCAAAAGAAAUGAAAAAUAAUCCAGGUUCCUGCAUACUGCUGUAUGAAAAUGAAUCUAAUGAAGCUGUUUGCUUCACUCCUCCUUCAAAACCAGACUGUCCAAUCAUUGAAGAUGUCAGAUGUACUCAAGUGGUUCUGAAAGUGUCCCCACCGUGUCCUGCUACAGAGGAGCUCAAACUACUGUACAAAAUGAAGGAAGAGGAAGACUGGAGAUCUCAAACUGUGUCAAAGAACCAGAAUACAGUUACUCUGACUGAUCUCAGACCAGAUACUGAGUACAAUAUUAAAUGUGCAGCAGUGGGAAAACUCAACUACACCGUAGACAGUGAUGUGACGCGUCUCACAGUCAUAAACCAGAAUCUCAUCAAGGCAAAAGAGUCUGCUAUCAAAAAUCUAAACUGGACUGAAAACAAGUGCAGUGAACUUCUGGAAAACACCAGAGAAACAACUUUUAGUGCACUUCAUAAGAAAAUACAAGAUAUGCGGCAAAACUGCCAAAUGUACCGACAAGAAUUCAGUGACCGAAUCAAAUCUGUGAUCCAGUCAGUUGAAGCUUGUGAAAAAGAGUCUUGUGCUCUGAAGGAUCUUCUACAAGCUCAUGAUGAGUCUCCAUUCAAUGAAAAGAGUCUGAAAGAGUGGAUCACAGUGAAAGAAAAAGAAUUGAACACUGUUAAUGAGUUUCUUCGACAGUUAAUGGACUUUGGAGCCGAAGUGAACAGAAGUUUGGACUCAUAUCUGUCAGAUAUUCAGGUGGAGAACGUGUUUUGUUACACUUUCAGUUCUCUUGAGCAGAUGGAUGAGUUUCUUAAUGAACAAGAAAAUUACAUGAAUCCUCAAAUGAUGAGAAAUCCACAGAAGAAACCUGGUGUGGGAUCUCAUUCAUGGCUCACUGGAAGAAUCAGGGAGAAAAUGAGAGAACAUCUGAAAACAUUUAAAGAGCUGAUGAUGUCAUGUAGGAGUGAAAGCACUAAAUUUAUGGUUUCCAUAAAAGACCAUGAAAAGCAUCCAGGUUCCUGCAUUCUUCUGUAUACAAAUGGAUCUAAUGAAGCUGUUUACUUCACUCCUCCAUCAAAACCAGACUGUCCAAUCACAGUCCAACAGGUCAGACAUAGGCAAAUUGUUUUGAAAGUGUCUCCACCGUGUCCUGCUACAGAGGAGCUCAAACUACUGUACAAAAUGAAGGAAGAGGAAGACUGGAGAUCUCAAACUGUGUCAAAGAACCAGAAUACAGUUACUCUGACUGAUCUCAGACCAGAUACUGAGUACAAUAUUAAAUGUGCAGCAGUGAGGAAACUCAACUACAUCUCUGAAUCUGAUGUCACCACAGUUAUCACAAAGGACAAAAAAGAUCUCAUCAAGAAAAGCAUCUUAAUUAGGGAUGGAAAUCUUGCUCGAUACCGUCUGCAAAAAAUGAUGGACAAUCUGGAUCAAUCUGAACCAUAUAGAAAAAUAACCUUUGGAGAGAGAGACACAAACAAACCCCAUAAAAUCAUUCUGAUGGUGGGAGAAACAGGAACAGGAAAAACAACCCUGAUCAAUGUGAUGAUCAACUACAUGUUGGGUGUUCAGAGAGAAGACAAGGUUUGGUUUGAGAUCACAGAUGACCAGAGUGACUGAACAUCAGUUCACAGUCAGACCUCCAGCAUCACUGUUUAUGGGUUUUAUCUACAAGAGAGUCCAAUUGAUUUAACAAUCAUCGACACUCCAGGAUAUGGAAAUACUCGUGGAGUUGAUCUUGAUAAAGAGAUCGCUGGGAGUUUGCGUAGAUUACUUGAAUCUGCAGGAAUGAUCAAUGAAAUAGAUGCAGUGUGUCUGGUGAUUAAAGCAACACAAACCUGUCUCUCUGACAGACAACAAUACAUAUUUGAUGCUGUUCAGUCUUUAUUUGGAAGAGAUUUUGUUGAAAACAUUGUCCUGCUCUUCACACACUCAAAUGGAAAGACACCUAGAAAUGCCCUGACGGCUGUUAAAGAGACUAAAAUCAAGUGUGCAGAGAAUGACAAGAAUCAGCCAGUGUUUUUCCUGUUUGACAACUGUCAGUCAGAUGCUGAUGAUGAAGAUGAUGACAUUACGGAUCAAUCAUGGAUUCUCAGUUUUAGAGGAAUGGCAAGAUUCUUCAAGUUUCUUGACAACAUAAAUCCAAAAACCUUUCAGAUGACUCGAGAUGUAUAAUAACAACGGAAGCAGUAGGAAGGAAAUAUCUCCAGUUUAUGAGCAUAUGUUAAAAUGAUGGAACAAAAGCAAAAUUAACUCAAACAUUACAGAAAUAUUAAAGAAUGAAAAUAAUGGCAAGGAUAGGACAGUGUGUCUAUGGUCAAGAAGAUGAAAGAAGAGCUUCAAGAAUGAGAAAGAUAAUAAAGCUGGUAGAUGAAGCUUGUCAC